AUGCCCCUCUUCGGCUCUUCCAAACCCACCACCUCCGACACCGCCGACCAGCCGCAAAACGACCCCGUCGCAUCUGCGUCCGCCGCCGCCGGGACGGAAUGGCUCGCCGGCCAUUUGCACCAUUUGACUGAUGAGCAGCAGGGGAAGUUGGAGGAGUUUAAGAAGUUGUGUGCGGAGAAGGGGUAUUAUAAGGCUGCUGGUGAGGAUGGGGGGAAGGCUAGUCAUGAUGAUGCGACGGUGUUGCGGUUUCUCCGCGCACGCAAGUUUGAUGUGAACGCUGCUUGGGGCCAGUUCAAAGACACCGAGGACUGGCGCAAGGAUAAUGCGAUUGAGAAGUUAUAUGAGAACAUCGACGUUGAUUCCUACGAGUCUGCACGCCGGAUGUAUCCCCAAUGGACCGGCCGGCGCGACCGCCGCGGCAUCCCCAUCUACGUCUUCGAAAUCAAACACCUCAACACCAAGCACAUGGCCGCGUACAACGAGACAAUGACUACCUCGAACCUGCCCGCGGAAGCCCAGAAAUCGUCAACCGUGCCGGAGCGGUUGUUGAGAUUGUUUGCGCUGUAUGAGAAUCUGCUGCGGUUUGUGAUGCCGGUUUGCUCGAAGCUGCCGAGGCCAAACCCCGAGACGCCGAUUGUCGCGAGCACGAAUAUUGUUGAUGUUAGUGGGGUGGGACUGAAGCAGUUCUGGAAUCUCAAGGGACAUAUGCAGGAUGCUAGUGUGCUUGCUACGGCGCAUUACCCGGAGACGUUGGAUCGGAUUUUUAUAACCGGCGCCCCCAGCUUCUUCCCCACAGUCUGGAGCUGGAUUAAACGCUGGUUCGACCCGGGCACAACAUCCAAGAUUUUCAUCCUCUCGUCCGCAGAGGUAAAACCAACCCUAACCUCCUUCAUGGACCCCUCCAGCAUCCCCAAGCAAUACGGCGGCGACCUCGACUGGAAAUGGGGUGAUAUGCCGAACCUUGACCAACCUGCUAAGGAUCUUAUUGGUGGUGCUGAGUCUGGGUCUGGGGAAGGUGGGAAGAAGGAGUUUUUGAAGGGGCCGAUGUUGUUUGAUGGGGAGGGAAUUCGGGUGCUUGGGCGGGAGGAGAAGAAGGCUUCCAACGGUGCUGCUGCUGGUGAUGGCGAGAAGGCUAGUGAAACUGCUACUGCUGCUGCUCCGGCGCCUGCCCAGGAACAAGCCUCUUAA